CGGGCCUUCCCCUGCCCGCACCAGGCCGCAGCGCAGGCCCCGAGGAGGCCGCAGCUAGGCCGCGCCAGGGCUCCGGCAAAAGAGCGGGCCGCAGGGCCCCGGCCGAAGGGUUCCGCACGCCCGGCGCGGCCCUGGGCAGCGGGGGCAGCGGCGUGAGGGGAGCGGAAGCGGAGGGAGGUGGUUGCGGGCCCGGGGGGAGGCGGGCGAGGUCGGUGCCAGGCCCCGGGCCCGGCCGAGGGGGGUUCGGAGAGUGUCUGGAGGAGGAGACAAAAUGGCGGCGCGCGAGGGGGGGGAGGCGGAGGGCGCCGGGCGCCAUCUUGAAUUAAUCGCUCGCCAUAGCCCAUGUCUCCGCGCAGGCCGGGCCGGGCCGGAGGGGGGAGCCCCUGGCCCCGCUCAUCGCAGCGCCGGGCCGCAGGCUCCGGAGAGGGAGAGCCCGUAGCCCUCCCCCACCCCCGCUUCUCCCCCCUCCUCUCCCUCCUCCCCGCCUCGGCGCCUGCCAGCCAGCGAGUCGCAGGGGAGCUCGGCGCUUUCCGGCCCGUGGCGGCUUCCUGUGCGGCCGCGCCAGGGCUGCCAGCCGUGCCCCCUCCUGCCGGGCGCGAUCUCCUCUCCUCUUCCCUCCCGGUCGGCCGGGAAUUGGGGCAGCGGCGGGAGGUUCGCCCUCAGCCUGCGUCGCCCGGCCGCCCCGCGAGGUGCGGAGGCGCGGGGUCCCCCUAAGCCCCUUUGGGUCCCCUUCCCCCUUCUUGUUGGCUUCCCCUCCCCUCUGGCUAUCCUCUCGCCUGCAGAGGCCCCCACCUCAGUGAAAAGUAGUUUCAAAGGGGUCCCCGGGACUGGUUAUUUCCUUAAUGUAGGGUUUGUUGAGAAUUAGCUUGGGUGUCGCCUGACGCACAACAUCCCUGUGAAAUCUGGAGAAAACCCAAUUUUUUUUUUUAACCAGUUUCUGCAAAUAACCACGCCACUGAACAAAGAGAAAAAGACUUGGGAUUUUUUUUUUUUUUUAACAAAAUCACAAUGAAAACAGCAGUACCAAUUCUCUUGCCAAAACUGAGGGAGAUGCAUCAAGAAAUAAAACAUGGUCGCGUUUGUUACAUUGUCUUUAUUUUUUUAGCUAUUCACCUAAUAAUCGUGCGGCUUAUUUUCAAUGUAAGAAUUAGAUGCUAUAGGAGUAUAAUUUUUUUUUUAACCUUUCAUAUGCGUGUGUGUACAUCGCGUUCUCCGUAAGUGGGUCACGCAGGGAGAGUUGUGACUGCAGCAGUAGUGGAGACUGAACCCACGGUCGUCUCAUAACCACAGCGAAGCUUCGGGUAGCUCGGGGCUCUAACCCAAUUGGGACAUGUAAGGCGUGCUGCAAUUUUUAAUGUGAUGUUGCAAGGCAUGAUGGGAACUUGGUUAUGGUUGUAAGUCAUCUCAGCGUAGGUAGGGGCCAGGGCCCCUACGUGGGGGAUUUUGCUGUUUAUGCCUUUAUUUUUUGAGGAAGCGUCAGAGUUUUGCUGUGUGAGUAUUUGGUUUAUGCCCCCGACUCCAAAUAAACAGAUGGGCUGUUCUUUCCUUAGGAGUAGACAAAGGACUAUCUUAAGAACUAUCAAUUUCUUUUUCAUAAGGAUGGAUUUUCUGAGAUUUCCUCUUUUUCUCUUUUUCCUCAUGUCCUUUUUUUUUUUUAGGUGAGAGCAGAGAAACUGACAGUUUCUGUGUCAUAUUAAAGCUUUCUUCUAAGGAUCUAUUUUUAAAGUUGCUCUCUCUUUAAAACGUGACAGCUCGUCUAUUUCUUUUUAUUUCAUCUUGAUUACCUUCGUAGGCCUGUUGAGUCAAGGAUUUGUAAUGUGGCGAGACUGUGCAGUGUCUGUGUUGCUUCUCUUGACCGAUUGUACUCAAGAUCAGAUUUAUGGAAAAUAGCCAUUUUUGUUUUGGGAGGUUAUUUUAUUUCUAUUAGCUUAAUACCAUUUCUUACAUGAAUAUGUAUUUUUUUAAUCUGUCCUGCCACUUGAAAAUAUUGCCUUGACUUUCAUAAAACCAAACCCAAACAAUCAAUUUGUAAGUAAAGUAAAAUUCAAUUUGUAAGAACUACCUUUACAAACAGAAUUAGGUGUAUUUCAGAGUUGUAUUAAUUCUUGAUCCAUAUGAAGCUGGCAUAGACCCAAGCCAAGUAAAAGAUGUAGAUGUUUAGUUCUUUUCAGCAGUAUAAAACCUGGUUUUAGGUGCCUAGACUUUUUCUGUCAUAGUGGUAGAAGAGCAGUUCCCAAAUUACUGAGAUUUGAAGAAGAACCACGUAGAUUUGGGCAUUGAGGAGGACUAAGUGUAGGGACGUGGCUGGACACCUGCUUCUCUUUGAGAGUUUAGGUUCCCAAACCGGAACUGAAAAUUGAACCUGUCUGCUUUGGUGCCAGAACCUGCUCCUGGGGUAAGUGUCAGCUGGAAUAUUUUGAAAAAACUGAGAGGACUUUCUGCCCUUCUCGAAAUGUUGCAGGAAAAUGAACUGCUGGAAUUGCUUGUGGUACCACAGAGCCUAGGGCGCUUGCCAAGGAAUUUGAAGGUGUUUGGUGUGGUGCUCACAACAGGAAGCUCUGGUAUUUCUCGUGUUGCAGAGCAGUGUCUUCAUCACCUGCCAGUUAGUACAGAACCAUGUGGCAUACCUUCCUUUGUGUGGCAGAGUCUUGGACCCCUGUACUGUCCCACUGCUCAGAAGAAGAGCAAGCAGGAAGAAACACAGUAUUUUCCGCAUCUACUGAUUAGUAUGCUCAAAACCUGAGAUGAUUUCAGGAAAUUUUAGGGAUUUUUUUUUUUUCUAUCCAUGGACGGAUGUCUUGAUGCCUUUUUGGACUGCAGAUUUUGAUUUAGGCGCUUUUAUCGUUUUAGACAGUUUAAUUAAAUCCUGUUUUAAAUGCCUGCACGUUCUUCUGGUCUUCUUUCCACAGCAAAUAUGUUUGGAGGUGGGGUCUUUGCCCUAGUGGAGCACUUUUAAAGUCUUUGUGGUCCUGCACAGGGAUACUGUGACUGAUGAGAGUUAAAGGCCAUGGAUGAAGAUGGGCUUGAAUUGCAGCCGCAUGAGCCAAAUGCAUUUUUUGAUCCAACAGGAGCUGAUGCAGGACAUAUGGAUGGAGAUCAGAUUGUUGUGGAAGUACAGGAAACAGUAUUUGUUUCAGAUGUAGUCGACUCAGAUAUAACCGUGCAUAACUUUGUUCCUGAUGAUCCAGAUUCUGUAGUAAUCCAAGAUGUCAUUGAGGAUGUUGUUAUCGAGGAUGUUCAGUGCCCAGACAUCAUGGAGGAGCCAGAUGUAUCUGAAACUGUCAUUAUUCCUGAACAAGUGCUGGACACAGACGUAGCCGAAGAGGUUUCUUUGGCUCAUUGCACUGUCCCAGAUGAUGUUUUAGCUACUGACAUAACAGCAGAAGCAAUGUCUAUACCAGAACAUGUACUGACAAGUGAGUCAAUGCAUGUACCUGAAGUUGGACAUGUAGAACAUGUAGUUCAUGAUAACGUUGAAGAAGCAGAUAUUGUCACUGAUACUCUGGGAACAGAUGUUGUAUCUGAAGAAGUCUUGGUGGCAGACUGUGCAUCAGAGGCAGUGAUCGAUGCCAAUGGAAUCCCUGUGGAACAUCAAGAUGAGAAGGGCAACUGUGAAGAUUACCUUAUGAUUUCCUUGGAUGAUGCUGGUAAGAUAGAACACGAAGGUUCUGCUGAAAUUACCAUGGAAGCAGAGUCAGAAAGUGGCUCUUGUAAAGUGGAUGGCAUUUGUCCAGAAGUCAUCAAGGUCUAUAUAUUCAAAGCAGAUCCUGGAGAAGAUGACUUAGGGGGCACAGUAGACAUUGUGGAGAGCGAGCCAGAGAAUGACCACGCAGUUGGAUUACUUGAUCAAAAUAGCAGUAUUCGUAUUCCAAGGGAGAAAAUGGUUUACAUGACUGUAAAUGAUUCUCAGCACGAAGAUGAAGACUUAAAUGUUGCAGAAAUAGCUGAUGAGGUUUAUAUGGAAGUGAUUGUAGGAGAGGAGGAUGCAGCAGUGGCCCAUGAACAGCAAAUUGAUGACACUGAAAUUAAAACUUUCAUGCCCAUAGCUUGGGCAGCAGCUUAUGGUAAUAAUAAUGACGGCAUUGAAAGUCGGAAUGGCACUGCAAGUGCUCUUUUGCACAUAGAUGAGUCAGCUGGACUUGGGAGACUGGCUAAGCAAAAACCAAAGAAAAAAAGGAGACCUGAGUCUAGGCAGUAUCAAACAGCAAUAAUCAUUGGCCCUGAUGGUCAUCCGUUGACAGUCUACCCCUGCAUGAUUUGUGGAAAGAAAUUUAAAUCUAGAGGUUUCUUGAAAAGGCACAUGAAAAACCACCCGGAGCACCUUCUUACUAAGAAGAAAUACAGAUGCACAGACUGUGAUUACACUACGAAUAAAAAAAUAAGUUUACAUAACCACUUGGAGAGUCAUAAGCUGACCAACAAAACAGAAAAGCUUAUUGAGUGCGAUGAGUGUGGGAAAAGCUUCUCUCAUGCAGGAACUUUAUUUACUCACAAGAUGGUGCACAGGGACAAAGGAGUUAAUAAAAUGCACAAGUGCAAAUUCUGCGACUAUGAGACAGCAGAACAAGGAUUACUGAGUCACCACCUUUUAGCUGUCCACAGCAAGAACUUUCCUCACAUUUGCGUGGAGUGUGGCAAAGGAUUUCGCCAUCCGUCAGAGCUCAAGAAGCACAUGCGAAUCCACACUGGUGAAAAACCCUACCAGUGCCAAUAUUGCGAAUACCGAUCUGCCGACUCUUCUAACUUGAAAACUCACGUAAAGACUAAACACAGUAAGGAAACGCCAUUCAAGUGCGAUAUUUGUUUCCAGACUUUUUCAGAUACCAAAGAGCUACAGCAGCAUACGCUUAUGCAUCAAGAAAGUAAAACACAUCAGUGUUUGCAUUGUGACCAUAAGAGCUCAAACUCGAGUGAUCUGAAACGACACAUAAUUUCAGUCCACACGAAAGACUAUCCUCAUAAGUGUGAUAUGUGUGAUAAAGGCUUUCAUCGGCCUUCGGAACUGAAAAAACACGUGGCGGCUCACAAGGGUAAAAAAUUGCACCAAUGCAGACAUUGUGACUUUAAGAUUGCAGAUCCCUUCAUUCUGAGUCGCCACAUACUCUCAGUUCACACAAAGGAUCUUCCAUUCAGGUGCAAGAGAUGUAGGAAGGGCUUUAGGCAACAAAACGAGCUGAAAAAACACAUGAAAACACACAGUGGCAGGAAAGUUUAUCAAUGUGAGUACUGUGAGUAUAGCACUACAGACGCCUCAGGCUUCAAACGGCAUGUUAUUUCCAUUCAUACAAAAGACUACCCUCACCGUUGUGAGUAUUGCAAGAAAGGGUUCCGAAGGCCUUCAGAGAAGAACCAGCACAUUAUGCGGCAUCAUAAAGAUGUUGGGCUGCCUUAAAGUCUCUUUCACAGACUUACGGCUGGAAUUAUAAAGGAAUUUUGCCUUUCAGGCACUUAGCUUAUUUUAAAGCCAAUCACCUGCGAUCACACACAAAAAAAAAACCAACAAAAAAAAAACAUACUGUGCAUUUGAUUUGUUGCUGUAUAAAAAUAGGAUUAUUGCUUCUAGUUGACUUUUAUACCUUUUGUUCAAUAGCGUGUUCUGAAUUCUAUUCAGUUUGUUUAAUAAAUGAAGAAAAGAUGGCAACAAUAAAGUUGCAUUUAAUAAAGUAAA